AUGUACCUCAAUUAUACCCUAACAGGGAUUAUCUCAGUGUUUAGAUCCACCUAUUCUUCCAGUAUAAAUAGAGUGAGAUGGACAGUUGCAUCUCAGAGUCUACUGCUGCUUGCUCAAGCUUGUACCCUACACAUCCUCUUCAGGAGCCUAAAAACCCAAACCACAGCCAUGGAAGGAGCACCAAACCCCUCCAAGAAGCCUUCUGGCAGCCAACAGAGCUCGACUUCAACUGUAGUAAGCCAAGGAAGCAGCCAAACCCCAACCAGUGGUCAACAGAGCCAGGGAAGUGGACAAGACAGUGGAUACCAAGGGCAGACUGGCAGCAGCCGCCAGCAACGCAGCGGACAACAACAAGAUCAAAGCAGUGGCCAGCAGGGCAGUGGAAACCAACAAGGACAGGAUCAGAGCGUUGGUCAGCAGGGUGGUGGAUACCAACAAGGACAGGAUCAGACCGGUGGUCAGCAGGGUGGUGGAAACCAACAAGGACAGGAUCAGAGCGUUGGUCAGCAGGGUGGUGGAUACCAACAAGGACAGGAUCAGAGCGUUGGUCAGCAGGGUGGUGGAUACCAACAAGGACAGGAUCAGACUGUUGGUCAGCAGGGUGGUGGAUACCAACAAGGACAGGAUCAGAGCGGUGGCCAGCAGACUGGGGGAAAUCAGGGCAGUGGGCAACAAAGUUGUGGAACCCAGCAAGGAGGACAGAGUCAAGGACAGGGACAGGAUUCUUCUUACAACUUUAGACAAGGAAAAAAUAAGUAAUAGACCUGUGGUUUGCCCUCCAAUAUCUAUUUACACCUCAUGAUAAUUACUGUCCCUUCAUCCUUACUAAAUUAUUCUAUAGCCAAAGCAUAUAAAUAAAAUACUGUUGUGAUUACAGCAA